AUGUGGAUUCUUGAGCAACUCGCGCGUUUCCUCGACCGGCCGCUCUUCCCAUGGAAGAACGUGCUCGUGGGAUUCUCCAUCGGGCAGUUUGUCCUCGAGGGUCUCCUAUCUCUCCGUCAAUAUAAGGUUUUGCAGCGAACAAAGGCUCCUAAGGUCCUCGAGGGUGAGGUUACUCAGAAAGUCUUCGAUCAGUCACAGGCAUAUGGUCGUGCAAAGGCCAAGUUCGGUCUCGUCUCAGGUCUCUACGGUCAAAUCCAGAAUCUCGCUUUCAUCUACGGUGAUGUCCUCCCCAAGCUUUGGAGCAUCAGUGGUCUGGUCCUGGCGCGCUAUCUUCCCGGUCAAUUCCAGGGUGAGAUCACCCAGACGCUUGUGUUUAUCUUCGGUUUCAAUAUUCUCAGCACUAUUCUCUCGAUCCCGAUUUCAUACUACCAGACUUUCGUGCUCGAGGAGAAGUUCGGUUUCAACAAGCAGACUGUCAAGCUCUGGGUAACGGAUAUGCUCAAGGGCCAGAUGCUCGGAAUCGUGCUGGGAACUCCUAUUAUCAGUGCGGUGCUCAAGAUCGUCCAGAAGACCGGCAAUUCAUUCUUCUACUACCUGUGGAUGUUCGGCGUCUUCGUCCAGAUCUUUGCUAUCACCAUCUAUCCCAUUGUGAUUCUGCCCCUGUUCAACAAGCUCUCUCCUCUCGAGCCUGGUGCCAUCAAGACUGGCGUCGAGGACCUUGCUAAGAAGCUCAAGUUCCCGCUCUCCGAGCUGCAUGUUAUUGAUGGCAGCAAGCGCAGUGCCCACAGCAACGCUUACUUCUACGGUCUGCCGUGGAAGAAGCACAUUGUCAUCUACGAUACCCUGCUCGAGAAGAGCGAGCCGCAAGAGGUCGUUGCUGUUCUGAGCCAUGAGCUUGGUCACUGGAGCUUGAGCCACACCACCAAGCUCUUCGGUAUUGCUCAGUUCCACAUGUUCUACAUCUUUGCCCUGUUUUCUGUCUUCGUCAACAACAAGUCUCUCUACCAGUCCUUCGGUUUCAUCAAGGAGCAGCCCAUCAUGGUUGGCUUCCUUCUGUUCUCGGAUGCUCUUGCUCCUAUGGACGCUGUCGUGAAGUUCCUGAUGAACAUCCUUAGCCGCAAGUUUGAGUUCGAGGCUGAUGCUUUCGCCCAGCGCCUCGGAUUCUCCGAUGAGCUUGCUUCCUCUCUCCUGAAGCUCCAGAUCCAGAACCUGAGCACCAUGGAUGCUGACCCUGUCUACGCCAGCUAUCAUUACUCGCACCCCAUCCUUACCGAGCGUCUUGCUGCUCUCGGCUGGAAGGGCGGGAAAGUCACCAGCUCGAAGGCCGAGGAUAGCGAGAAGCCCGUCAAGGCCGGUGACCGCGAAUUGUAG